UUCACUACAGAGAACCCCGCUUCCCUCUGCCACCCCAAUCCAGCUAACAGUAUGCUAUCGCUUGAGCGCAGCAUGAUUAUCGCAAUAGUCGGUGCAAUACUUCUUGAAUGCAACGCAGCGUCACUACCAAUGCAAGCUACCGGGGAAUCUAAUCCGAAAGUAAAAAUGUACCGCGAGAAUAUAGUACAAGCCAAAACACUAGAGAACCUAGACGUGCAGCUGGACCAUUUUGUCGGCGUAUCCGAAGAUAACGGCACAAUCCUAUUUAUGCUGAGCGCUUCCGAUACCGAGGCUUUGGCGGCUUUUCAAAAUGCCUACGAGCUUGACAAGGAUUGGAGGACUAUACCCGCGCCCCUCGAAUAUUCGUUCGUCAUGCCCGGAUUUAUAGAUGCUCACGUACACGCACCUCAGUUUGACAACAUGGGUGUGGGAUACGACAUGGAGUUGCUCCCCUGGUUGAAGAAUUACACAUUACCCUUGGAGGAAAAGUUUGAUAUGUCCGGGGAUGGAGAAAAUGGAGUGCCAAACGAGAUAACUGCGGACUUUGUUUUGAACAGCUACCGGAGCGUUGUGGAAAAGAUAUUAGAUCAGGGAACUACCACCGCUUCGUACUACGCAACUGUGGAUCCACACGCCACUCUGACUCUGGCUAAACAAGUACAAGAUCUCGGCCAACGGGCAUAUGUCGGCAAGGUUAACUCCGAUAUUAACAUGCCGGCCGGUUUGAAGGAGACUACUGCGCAAUCGAUAGCGAGCACGAAGUGGUUCAUCGAAGCCGUGCAGGACUUGGAUUCACCAUUGAUCACACCAGUCAUUUCACCGAGAUUUGCACUGGGUGCGUCGUUUGAAUUGAUGACCCAGCUGGGAGAUAUUGCACGGCAGUAUAACUUGCCCGUCCAGACCCAUUUGGACGAGAACAAACACGAAGUUGCUGACGUCUUAGCUGCGUACCCAUUCGCCACGAGUUACACAGAUGUGUAUGCCCAAGCGGGAUUGCUAAAUGUUUCUCAUAUCAUCCUGGGACAUUGCGUACACCUUACAGACGCCGAGAUUGCGCAAUUAGGAACAUACAACACGAGUGUUGGCUGCGCUCAUUGCCCGCUUUCCAAUUAUGCCUUGAAUUCGGGUAUUGCACCCGUUCGCAAGUAUCUCGGUGCCGAUUUGCGGAUGGGUUUGGGCUCCGACGUGGCGGGUGGUUACAGUAGUGAUAUGCUGCAGGUCAUGCGUGGCGCUAUAUUGGCUUCAAAGUCGCUGUACUUCGCUCAUGAUUGGGACGAGGAGGAGUGGGCGCCACUCGAGUACUAUGGUGUUUUGAACCUAGCUACUAAAGGUUCGGCUGCGAUCAUGGGGCUAGGUGACCAGGUUGGUACUCUUGAGCCGGGCUAUCAAUGGGACGCUCUGCACAUCGAUUUGCGUGCUAAGAACUCAAUGACAUCCCUAGAAUACAUCCCUGAUGCCUCGGAGGUGGGCCUUAGUUUGACAAUGGACGAGCUCGUUAGUAAGUUUAUUUAUGAGGGCGACAGUAACAACAUAGUCACGGUUUGGGUGAACGGACAAGUAGUGAAAGACAAAACAGAGAGUACCUAGGACCACUUUCUAUUCCACAACAAAUAAAG